CUUAAGAACCCAUUCGGGUGAAAAGCCGUUUAUAUGCGAAGUUUGCAAAAAAAGCUUCACACUAAAGGUUUCCCUAAAAAUUCACAUGAGAACCCAUUCGGGUGAGAAGCCAUUCAAGUGCAAUAUCUGCGAAACAAGCUUCUCUCAUAAGAACAGUUGGAAUCGACACAUGGCAAACCAUUCUGGUGAAAAGCCAUUCAAAUGUGGUAUCUGCGAAACAUGCUUCUCUCAUAAGAGUACUUUGAAUCAACAUAUGAAUGUCCAUUCUGGCGACAAGCCAUUCAAAUGCGAAGCCUGCAAAAAAAGCUUCAAUCAAAAGUGUAAUUUAAAUGCUCACAUGAAAGGACAUUUGCUUGAAAAACCAUUCAAAUGUGAAACCUGCAAAAACAGCUUCACUCGGAAGCGCAGUUUGAUUCAACACAUGCAAACCCAUUUGAACGAGAAGUUCAAAUGCGAAGUCUGUAAAAAGAGCUUCACACGAAAGCUAUAUUUACAUGAUCACAUGAAAACCCACCCGGGCGUGAAACCAUUUAAAUGCGAAGCCUGCAAAAGGAGCUUCGCACGAGAAGUUUAUUUAAAUGUUCAUAAGAAAGCCCAUUCGAACGAUAAACCGUUCAAAUGCGGUAUCUGUGAAACAUGCUUCACUCAAAAGAGUUCUUUGAAUAAGCAUAUGCAAAUUCAUUUGGACGAGAAGCCAUUCAAAUGUGAAAUCUGCAGGAAAAGCUUCACACGAAAAGUUUAUUUAAAUGUUCACAUGAAAACCCAUUCGAGUGAGAAACCGUUCAAAUGCAGUAUUUGCGAAACAUGCUUCACUCACAAAAACACUUUAAAUAAUCACAUGCAAACCCAUUUAGGCAUAAGGCGGUUCAAAUGCGAAACCUGCAAAAAAAGCUUCACACAAAAGAUACAUUUACAUGAUCACAUGAAAACCCAUUCAGUCGAUAAGCCCUACAAAUGCAGUAUCUGCGAAAAAUGCUUUUCUCUGAAGAGCUAUUUAUAUAAACACAUGCGAACCCACAUAGACAGUGAAUCAUUCAAAUGUGAUCAUAUAAAUGGAACUACUAAUGCUGUAGACGAAGACAAGGGAUCUGUCGAACUGACUGAAAUGAUUAAACUCAAAUAUCAGAAAGUAACAAAAAGUUAUCAGAAGAUUAGCAAACGUUUAACUAACAUCGGUGAGCCGUUAACAAUAAAACCUGCCGAGCCUGUUGCAAAAAAGGAGGAAGAAGGAAGGUUUACCACUGCUUAUGAACCAUUUGUUGGUUAUGAGCAAAAACCUAUCGAAUUAAGUGAAAUUAGAGUACCUGUUUUUUAUGAAAAGGAACCUAUCGAAUUUAGUGAAAUUAUUAUACCUAAAGAAGAACCCAAGGAUGAGUAUUUUGAAAAUGUCAAAAAUUUCAUCGUACCUUUUCCAGAAGUCCAUGAAAACACUAAGGCAUUUACCCUUAAAGAAGAACCUACAGAGUUCUAACAAAUAAAACAUGUAGCAUUUCCAAAUGAUUAUUUAGACUUAAUAGAAAAGCAGAUUUUUGCAAAUAUACUAGUGUUACUAGUCAACCAGCACAUUAUUAAAUUUAUUAUAUCUCAAUUGCACUAUUCUACGCAGGUAUUGGUUUAGAAUUAACCUGUUUUAAAAGUUGGUACAGCAGGCUUUGUAUCGAAUAAUGUAAAAUGUUUACAAUAAAUUGUAACCGAAUAUUGUUAAGAAAUAUCAUUAUAAAAUUUCUACAUUUUAUUAUUUGUGUUCUUUAUUUUCUAAGGAUAGUUUCUCUAAAUUAACUUUCACUUUAUAAGAACCAUCAUCCUCGUGUAGAGCUGCGGUUGAGGAUGUAACGCUUACUAUAUUACGUAAUUACGUUAUAAUUAUCUAAUUAUUUCAAAACUGGACAGCACAGAUCCAUCAUCAUAAAGUUGUCAGUCCUAAGACUGGUUGGAU